CCAAUCAGCCCCCUUCCGUGACAUACCGCAUUCUCUCAGCUCGCCUCACUGUUUUCUUGGGCACGCGACAACGAGUCUGGGCAUCUUACACGUCCUUCCUGCAAGCUGUCACUUUCGGAAAUUUUCUCUUCAGACUUCAUCUCGUUCACAUCCUUCAUGGCCAUCCAGUCGUUGCCUACCUAGGUACAUUCGAUCUUUGAUGACCAUUCCCCGAGUAUGGAUCGACUCAAAAGGCAGCUCAAUGCACCUUGGAACCGUCGAAUUCCUGCUCGGGCCCUCAUAUCCUAUGCAGUUGACUAUUUAAUAAUCAUUGUCCUCGCCAUAAUAUAUGCCACUCUCGACAAGGUUGUCACUCCUUUUGCCCAGCACUUCUCACUCAACAACAUUUCGAUCCAAUAUCCAUACGCCGUCAAAGAACGAGUGCCUAUCGCUCUUGCACUUGUCAUUUCGGGUCUCUUUCCGGCCGGGGUCAUUGCUGUCUACACGCUUUUCAUCGACGGCUUGUUCUCGUAUCACCGUCGCACGACCCAUACCAGGUCCAAGUACACCUUCGCAGACCGCCUUUGGGAGCUCAACUGUGGAUGGUUAGGCCUCCUUCUAAGCCAGGGCGCAGCAUUCGUCAUUACUGGGAGUUUGAAGAACCUUUGUGGGAAGCCUCGUCCAGACCUGGUUGAUCGAUGUCAACCCCGUGCAGGCUCGGCAGAUGGGGUGCCUUAUGGCCUUGUCACCAAGUCGAUUUGCACUCAGACGGAUUCUGCCAUCAUGCAAGACGGCUUUCGAUCAUUCCCCUCGGGCCAUUCUUCAUCAUCGUUUGCUGGGCUUUUCUUUCUGUCCUUGUAUCUUGCCGCUAAGCUCCACGUUCUCGACCAAAAGGGCGAGGUUUGGCGUACCGUCAUUGUCCUUAUCCCUACAUUGGCCGCAGCAUGUAUUGCAAUGUCCCGAAUCAUGGACGCGCGACACCAUCCUUUCGAUGUCCUCUUUGGCUCAGCUCUCGGCAUCCUUUGUGCCUGGGCCUCAUACCGUCAAUAUUUCCCGCCUGUCAGCCAUGUCUGGGAGAAAGGUCGGGCAUAUGCUAUGAGGACAUGGGGCACACCCGUCAAACGUCCCGUCCCAGGCAAAGUCUUGAUUGACGGCGACACGAUGGAGGUUCUUGAUGAUAGAGUCCCAGCUGACGACGGCGACGAUAGCUCCGGGUACCAACUGAAGGAGAGAACUCCAGGUUCGCAACUCUCAAACCCGGCCUACGGAUCUCACCUCAUCAAUCCGUCGGUUGACAUGGACGUCGAGACAGGCUAUGUUGGAUCUCAAGCUGCUGAAGUUCAUGCACCUCUCCGCUCUCAAAGUACUGGCAACGCGUUCCGUGAACAGAUAGAGCAGAACCGGCGGGCGAGGGCAGGAUAUGCAGAACCCAGCCCUGAGCGUGGAAACGGCUCCGAUGUUGAAGACGAUAUCGCCUCGAGAAGGCCACUGCAGUCGGCGACCAUGCGUUCGUGAGACUCGUAUGAUAUUGUGCAUUACCGAGUUCCCGAGUUAUUGCAUAGCAUGUUUGGUUGGUCUUGAUCUUCAGGAAGCAUAGCGUCGGAAUGGUUUCUCCGGGAAAGAGCGUAGAAUGUGUUUGUGCAGGAUAUGGAAAACCCAAAAUGGGAGGUUGGAGGCACUCGAAUCGCUCACGCGGCAAUCUGAUCAGGUAUAACAUGUCAUUGGUGCUCUAUCAUGCAAUGGUAACCCCAAAGACAUUUAAAGGACGAGAAAGCAGUAUUGCAAACAUCGGCACUAACGUUAACAUCGUUCUUGCCCUUCCUCGGCG